AUUAAUAAAGUUUAAAUAUCGCAGUUAUAUUGUGUAAUAUCAUCAAUGCAAUACUACAUUUCUAAUCUUAGUUUAAUAUUUUUUGCGUUAUAGUUAUAUAAUGUAUAUUUUAUCUGAGGAGGAGAAUAUCAAUAGGAAGUAAUAAAAUACAGUUAUUCCAGUUAUACACAUUUUGUGUGAUUCGAACAUUCUAACAGUGAAAAUCUUUGACGCUUCUUUUUAAUUACUUAAGAUCUUUUUCAUUUACUUAAGAUCUAUAAUUAAUAAUGACUCAAAUACCAAUUCUUACAUUUUCUAAUGGAUAUAAGAUGCCUGCAUUUGGUCUUGGUACUUAUCAGUCACGUCCUGGAGAAGUAGAAAAUGCUGUAAAAGAAGCAAUAAACUUAGGAUAUCGUCACAUAGAUACAGCAUAUUUUUAUCAAAAUGAGAAAGAAAUCGGUGAAGCGAUUCAAGCGAAAAUUAAAGAUGGAACUGUGAAAAGAGAAGAUCUUUUCAUUACAACUAAACUUUGGAAUAAUUUUCACAAACAAGAAAGUGUAGUCCCAAUAUGUAAGAAAUCGUUAGAAAAUCUUGGAUUAAGUUACAUAGAUCUCUAUUUAGUUCACUGGCCAUUUGCCUUCAAGGAAGGUGAUGAUUUGUUACCCAGAGACGAAAAUGGCACUCUUUUGUUAUCGGAUACUGAUUAUCUUGAAACUUGGAAAGGAAUGGAAGAAUGUGUGCAAUUAGGAUUGACUCGUAGUAUCGGAAUUAGUAAUUUCAAUCAAGAACAAAUCACUCGCUUGCUUAAUGCAGCUAAAAUUUUGCCUGUAAAUAAUCAGGUUGAAGUCAGCAUAAAUAUAAAUCAAACGCCAUUAAUAGAAUUUUGUAAAAAGCAUAAUAUUACAGUAACUGGUUAUUCACCAUUGGGACAACCUGGAAAUAGAUCAGGUUUACCAACUUCCUUAGAUCAUCCAAAAGUAAUAGAACUUUCAAAAAAAUAUAACAAAACAUCAGCACAAAUUGUUUUAAGAUAUAUUUUACAACAAGGAAUCGCUAUUAUUCCAAAAUCUGUAACACCGAGUCGAUUGAAAGAAAAUAUCAAUAUAUUUGAUUUUUCUCUGACGAAUGAAGAAAUGGCAUCUAUAGCUACAAUUGCAACUGGUCAACGUGUUGCACGAUUUGCAGAUGCGAAGCAGCACAAGUAUUAUCCAUUUGAGAAAUAAAAAUUUCAUUGCAACUGAGUAAAAUGACAGGAAACAGCUCGUCAAAUUCAGUAGGUAUACAUUAAUAGUAAGGUAUAUCCCCUUUGAACUUAUAUAAUCCCACGCUGUAAUUCGGCACUCGUUUGACCCUUAUAUAGUCAAUUAGAUUUAUUGAAUGCCAUGGAAAAUUUUGAUGCUCCAUAUAAUAUGAGAUCAUGCAACGUAACAAAGCGAACACCAUCAUGGACAAGGUUAAUUGCAUUCAACUAAUGUUAACGUUGAUUACUAGAUAUGUACAUUGCAAAUAAAUAAAAUUAUAUUAAAAACAAAAAAAUUUAUUAAAAGCAA